GAUGCAACAAGUAUCUUCGAUCAAGUGGACAUAAUUAGAUGACUGAGUGACACGCUAUUAUUAGACCAUUAUUGUUCACACGGAGCUCAUAGCUUAUAAAUUCGGGACCUUAUAGUGCAAAGUUUCUUCUCGAAGGAGAUUUCUCUUAUUGCCAAAUGACGUACGCAGUGUCACUCGGGAUUUCAUAUGAAGAGUUUGAACUAUUCAACCGUGACGACCUUUCAGCCACUGGAUUGUUUGAAGCACGCCGUCAUUCUUAUCUGUGGAGUGUGUGAACCUUGGAUAGUCUAUCCUACAUCUAAUUUAGCUUACCGUGGUUGAGGUUUGCUCAAAAUAUGCGUAUGAAUAAAUCACACAUUUAUAGAGAAUAGCGAUAAUCAUAAGAGACCAUUAAUCUCACGUUCUCACUUAAAAUAAAAAUUGUGUUCGCACCCGACAGAUCAUUCUGACUCUACAAAAAUUUUACCUUGUUAUGAUCGAAUGUAGACUGUGAUGGUUGUUAAAGACAGAAAGAAGCCUUAUAAAUACGCAAAGUUUUGUUGCUACGUGCCUUGGUCAAGAAGCCUCUUACCUUAACGUGCUGAAAAGGAGAUGUCAGCGAGUGUAUGUUGUUGCCGUUACCGAAAGUUUAAAGUCUCUCGAUGUUACCCAAAAGCAAAGUAGUAAGCUCACCUUCUAUUUAAAUAACUGUCGUUAGAAAGCGUACCUUAGCAUCGGUACAAAAACUAAAUUCCUGUCAAUAACGGACAAAUAAUUAUCGUUUGUUAUAUGGUAAAAAAGGAUGAUGAAAGCCCUAGGUUCUCCGACUUAAGCGUCGCUAUUCACUGGGCGUAAGUUCGCUCGCGCAGCCAAAAGUUUGGGCGUAAAAUCUCGCCGAAGUUCCCUAAGGCAAUAUUUCGAGACAAAAGGCAGGGCAGUGCAGGUUCUCAAGAUAUUGCUUGGUGCACUUGAGAUCCCUGACCUUGACAUUGCCACGAAUCUGGACGAAAACAAUCACAGCCUUCACAGCGUUCCACACUAGAGGGACUAUCGACUUCGCUAUUUCCACUCGUGUUAUUUGAAGUAAAACAGACGGGCCAGCAUGCCGGAGCAGAGCAACGACUACCGCGUCGUGGUGUUCGGCGCUGGCGGCGUCGGCAAAAGCUCCCUCGUGCUGAGAUUUGUCAAGGGGACCUUCAAAGAGUCUUAUAUCCCCACCAUUGAGGACACUUAUCGCCAGGUGAUCACAUGCAACAAGAACAUCUGCACACUGCAGAUCACCGACACGACAGGAUCGCACCAGUUCCCUGCCAUGCAGCGGCUCAGUAUAGGCAAAGGCCACGCCUUCAUCCUCGUGUACUCGGUGACCUCGAGGCAGAGUCUAGAGGAACUCAGACCGAUCAGGGACGUCAUUGUUGAGAUGAAGGGAGCUGAGCUGGACAACAUCCCAGUGAUGUUAGUAGGCAACAAAUGCGAUGAGGCAGAGGCGAGAGAAGUCCAGACCAACCUGGGCGAGGCGCAAGCCAAGUUGUGGAAGUGCAACUUCAUGGAGACCUCGGCCAAAACAAACCACAACGUCAAGGAACUUUUCCAGGAGCUUCUCAACAUGGAAAAAAACAGAAACAUGUCGCUGCAACUCGAUGGUAAAAGCAAAACCCAAAAAGGUACGAAAAUGAUCAAAGAAAAGUGUAUGUUAAUGUGAAGGUGAGAUAAUGAAAGAAAUUAAAAUAAUUACGAGAUCGAUCGUCUCGAUCUGACUGUGACGGGAGAAAAAUAAUCCCAAAUCUGCAUGUAGUGCAAAAUGAAUGACAUUUUCGUGCACUAGAUUGGAAAUAACGAUGAUAAAUGCACGAUACAAAACUACAGCAGCACCCUAAACCUUAGGCACUGGAAAUAUUUUGGAAUAGUGAGGGACCCUGAGCGUGAAUGAAAGUGAUUUAGCAUGAAUAACGGUGAUGAAUAUUGCACCUAAAAUUUGCUACAAAUCAGUUAUGAUUUGUUUCAAUAUCUCAACUGAACUAUUGAAUGAUGUCUAUUGACUUUUCAAUAACUCAACUGAACAAUGAGAUACGAAUAAGUUAUUUCAUUUGAAAUUUUUUACUGAGUCAUUCUAUUCCGAGUACGAGCGUUAAUUAAAUGACACGAUAUGCAUCGUUUAUAUUCCAUCCAUUGUCUAUCAAACAAUGGCCGGCUGCUCAAGCAGCGUUUCUGUUCAGUACUUUCCUGUAAUCUUAGUGUGCAAAAUAUUUUAUGUAACCUGAAAACGUUUCGUCGUAAUUGAUGUGUGGGAAGAAGCUAUAGGCACAUUUUUCCUUCAAAAAUGUCAAAGAAGAUAAUCACAAUCGCCUCCAUCGCGCGAUGGAGGCCGCUGUCGACCGUUCUGAUUUUAAAAAUUAAUAUCUAGGGAAACUUUAUAUCUAUCGCUCAUGUAAUUGUAUAUUCGCUCUGCUACUUGUGUUGAGGCUUCAUUCCUACAAAAAUCUCUUAUUUCUUAUAGCUUCAUUUCUGGCGAAAAAAAUUUGAAUGAUCUAGCUAUACCAUCACCAGCUCUAAUCAAAACAUAUAAACGCAGUUAGUUCUUAAAAAUUCGGUUUCAAAAUCAUCUAAGACGUGAUGUCACAUUGAUUAUAAAUUAAAAAAACUUCAUUUCCACCUUAGGUAUAAGAACCUCAUCAUUCAUGAUUCCCCUCACCUGAACUCCCCGGGAAGAAGCACCGCUUAGUUAAAACCGCCUUCGCCUUGGUUUUGACCAAAACAGACUUGAUUUUAUUGAUGAGUGAGAUCCUUGCGAGUAUACUAUUUUCCAUACUUCAAUCCAUUGAUUAGUCACUACAAAAUUUACAUUAAACCAUAAAAUCUAUUUUUACACAAUAUUUUCAAACAUUUUCACCAUUUGUAACGGUAUGGAUGACUAUAUAUGUUCCAGAACGUUCCUCGCUCUAGUUUUACAUGGGAAGCAAAACUGGCUUGACUGAGCACUUGCAAUAUCAUUUUAAACGCUAAGAAAAAAGUAUUCGUCGCCUCGUUAAGCUGAGAAAAUUUCUGGGACAUAGUCAGUUAUAUGUUAUAGAUUAUCGUGAGGUCAAAGCUGUGUUGUCAUAGCUGGAUGGGUGUGAUUGGGAUUUUGGCUGCAGAAUUUUUGACAUUGACUUUUAUGUGAACCAAACACCGUCGUAAAUGACAUAUGAAAAACUUUAUGAAGCCAGUACCAAUAAUUUUAGCAAAUUAUUUGUUAAUGAUUAAGAAAUUUAGAUAAAAGUUUGAAUAUAUCAUUUAAUGUUCUUGAUAAAUGAUGACGCUGAGAAGGAGUUCUUUGUGAAGUUGAUGAUUCUCGUCGAGAAAAUGUAGAAUUUUAAUUCUUAGUUAGCUAAUGUAAUUUUAGUAAAUUAACCAACUCUAUGAACAUAGCUAGAUAUUUAAGGUUUUUAACGAACUAACAAUGAAUAUAAUCAUACUCCUACCGAACGAAUGCAAAUAAUUCAAUAUGAAAUCAAAUACUUUUUCAAAAGAAAAUCCAGAGAGUCACCUAAUCUCAUCUCACAAUCACCUCUGAUUGUCUCUUCUCACAGUCCCCUCUGAUUGUAUCUGAUCGGUUGGCCUAAAGUCCCAUUGAUCUAUAACGUUAAUAAAAAUUAUUCCUAAAAUAAAUGCAAGCCCGUGAAUGUGAAGAUAUAGUAAAUUUGUAAAAUGUAUUUUUGAAAAUUCUUUCUUAUAAAUCUGCCCGGAGACAAAUAUAAAGCUGUAUGAAAACAGUAUUGACAUUACUCAGGAGGCUGACCAGUCUCAGACUCCUGGAAACUUUGCAUCUGAAAAUAAAAUUCGGAAUGCAAUUCAAAGCAACGAAUAACGAUCUCUUGUCACUUUACACUCAUUAUAGUCAUUUGAAUAUUUUGGAUAUAAUUUUAUUUUCAGCUAGGAAUUUCAUAUUAAAAUAAUUCAAUAAUAAUAUUCAAUGUAUAUAUUACAGUAUUUUACUAGUGACCUCGUUCCCAUGAAUAAUAUUUGGAACUUGACGCUGCAAAAACUUCAACUCUUCAAAUAUUCAAAGAUUCAAUUAUUUUUAAGUCAAACUCCAAAAUAGUUUCGAGGACUACAGUGAACUUCUCAGAGUAUUUUUCACCAUUGUGUUCAGUACAUUAAAGUUCGUUAUUAAGCUCUCGAAGCUAUUAAAUUCUUAUUAGACUUCGUACAAUGUAAAGAAUUUAUUUAUAGGAGGCGAGACUUCAAUUUAUCUUCACAGUAAUGCUUAUAGAGUGCAUGUUUCAGCUACAGUAGAUUAUCGAGCUGUGGUCGUGUUAUCGAAGGCUCCUUGCAUUUAAUUUUGAAUAAGAUUCACUGGACUUCGAUUAUUUACAGAGCACAACCUAAGCCAACGAAUUUAAUGUUUCCGAAAAUAAUACUUGCCAUAUAUCCUGUAUCCUGAUAGCUGUAAAAAAUAAUGAGACUUGAAAUUUCUUGGUAAGUUCUGGAUUCUAUAUUUUAAUAACGUCUAGUUACAGGAGUUCAAACUGAUAUGUACAAUGUGAAUACAUUUUCCCUUUUUCGGCUUAAAAUGAAUUCAAAUUCUCCCCUCAACACUCAUACCUUCUCGUUGAAGCUGUCUGAUUGUUUCAAGCCGAUAAUUAAAAAAUGAUUUUGUUAAAUUUGUUUUUAACGUUGAUGUAAAAGUUUAUAAUUACACUAAUUACUGGAACAAUUUACUUGUAAUAUUUAACAAUUUAUUUGGAUGUAAUUAUUACCAAUUGCCUACAGUCCAGAGACUUGAGUGCCGCAGCGGAGUAUAGGAGCUUGCGGUAGCACGACUAUAACCUUGCCUAGCUUUACCGCGCAAUUUCUACAGUUAUGAAAAGUUGUCCUAGUCAGAAUCCUAGCCUGCGUAUCGACGUCCACUAAAUAGCUGAAGGUUGAGUGAUUUGAUCUCAAUAAUUCGAAAAUGUGAUUUGAUCUCAUUCAUUAGAAAUUAUGAUUUCAUCUCAUUUAUUAGAAGUUGUGAUUCGAUCGCAGUCAUUCAAAAUUGUGAUUUGAUCUCAUUCAUUCGAAAUUCUGAACGGUUUAAAUUCAAAAAAGCGGCUGAAUGUUGGGUGUCGAAAACGUAGGUGGGAUUUAAACAAGGGUGCGUGCAUCCUCUGCAACAAUGUCUUCCAAGAAGGAUAUUUUGAACCAACCCUCGUCUCUUGCAUGCAAUAUCUAAUGAAUUUCUCGCAAUUUGGGUGAUUAAUUAAGAUAAAUAACGAAAUUUUUACGAACAAAUUUAGCGCUGAAAAUAAACAUGAUGAAUAACGGGAUAUGAACAGUGCAACAUCACAAUUUUCCCCUUCUGCGACGUUUGGCAGAUAUUAAUGACUGUGGUGGACUUUUAUUUGCUUCAUAAAGUGCAGGACUACAUAAGAUUCGUUGCACUUAAUUAUGCUAUUGUAAUGGGCUUAGCAGUGCUCAAUAUUUAUUUCUCUUUCUUCACUUAAAUUGAUAAUGAGACGAUUUGUAAUAUUAACACAAUCAAAACUUGUCGAAUUCCGGUCUGGUGGUGAAGAGGUGUAAAGUUUUUUCUUUUUGCCUAAAAAGCAGAAGUUUGAACGAUUGAAUUGUGACCAGAGUUCACAUUUAACCGUUCAACCUUUCGCUGAACAAUCUUUGAAAUUAGGUUACAUCGAAAUGGUUUGUCAAAAACCUUAAAAAUUGCAAAAGCGACAAAGGAAAUAACAUGAAUUUAUUGAUUUACGCAGUGAAAAUUUCUAAAUUUGUAUGGUUUACUUGUUUAUCAUCACAUUCCUUGGAAAAGAGAUUGAAUUUUUAAAACUCGAACCAUGUGGAAGUAUAUUACAAUAAAAAUAUAUUUCAUAUUCAUCUGCGAAGAAUAUGUGAUUUUUGCAGUUGAAAGAUAAUUAUCUGCCUAUAAAAUUAAGUGAACUAUAAAUUAUUGAUAUAACUUUCUCCAAUAACUGCAAAAUUAUUUCAAUAAAGUUAUUCUGGAAAUUUGGAGGCCUUUUCGGAGUCUGACACAUAUUUUAGUAACUUGGAUCAGACUGACAUAUCAGAUUCUUUAUUCCUUGAUCAUGAUUAUUUUUCUCCGUUCAAUAUAAUUCAAGAAAAUAAUCUAAAGCAUGGAUAUGUUUUUUAUGUUUUGUUAACGAAACUUAAUUUUCGAUGUGUUUUAUCGGGAACUUAUUUGAUAGUUGUUAUAGUUAACGAUCUGAAAUUUUCCUUUUUGGAAUAUAAAAAACAUGAAAACUUGUGAAGUUAUGUUCAGUGGACCACGUCAUUUUAUUGUGAAAGUUACGAUAUUCUCAUUAAUUGGAUUGAAGGGGAGGCGUCAUGUUGUAUUUAAUAUCUGCAAUGUAAUCGACAUGUCUACCAUGGUGUUAAGAUAAUUAAAUAAUGAUUAGGGAAUAAAUAUAAUUGGACCACAAAUAAACCUUGACUUGGUGAGCACAGAUGAUAGUAACCUCAAAUCAUUAUAAGAGAUACCGAAGUGAAUGGAAAAAGGAAGGGAUCACUUCCGAAAGGGAAGUGAUGCCGAAAGCUUUACAUAAUAGAGACAGGCGGUCAACGUUUAAUUAGACCGAGUUAUAAUAGAAGUGUUCGACUAUCAUUUUAAACGAUGUCAAAAGAAGUGUGAUACUCAUUGGUUAAUGUCCAUGCAUUGCAUGCAAGCGCUUGCAAUUCUUUCAAACGUGCACAACGAAAGAUAAAAGCUAGCAAUGAGAAGUGAUACAUUAUUAGUGUAAAUAGUAAUAUAAGUUGUGAGAUCAUUGCGAAAAUUAGCGUUGUAAGAAAACAAAUUAAUAGUGGUUAUUAUAGAAAACUUAUGUUCAUAGUGUUAUAAGUAAAAUAGUUACGAGCGUUGAUAGAUGCGUAAUGAAGUUUUACCAUAUAUUUCUUCCUGAUAUGGAAUGUUUCUCGGAGGAAUUUUUCAGAACACUUAAAAUAUUUGCAUCAUUUGAAAUUUAUUUUAUUUAGUUUGUUAAUUUUUCUAAAAUUUACUUUGGAUAGAAGUUCAGACUGCGAUGCGAGCUACGUUCUAGGAACAAUCGUUGAAUGGCAUAUGAUUCUCCUAGCAUUUGCUUGUAGCCCAAGACUUCACGUUAUGGCCGCUUCCUUUGGCUCUCAUUUUUGUUAAGCCUAUUUUCAGACGUAAUCAUGCUUCAGAAGUUACAUGAUUGCGAAUCUACUGAUUUUUUCUUAUAGUGAUAAACAUAAUAAUGCAGUCAAUUAGUAAUGUCCUGAUCAGCGGUGAACCAUCAAUAGUUCUAUUUUAAAUUAAACUUUAUCGCUCAUAUCGGUUCCGAAAUCACGCUAAUUAUUGGAAAUUAGGAAAAAAUUCGGUUCGAACACCUGAAGAUUGUUUUGACUCCGGAGCUUAUUUCCGGUAAGCAGCAAUAGAGAAAAGUCAUGUAUGAGAUUGCCACAAUACCUACUUUCGCUCAUACAAUCUCUGAUUAAAUGUUUCUCAGUACAAGAGAGCUUUUGAGUUUCUGGUGUGUUUGUUUUAGUCCGCAAGCCUAUUCCCGUACUGGAGUAAACCUAAUUUAGAAUGUGAUAUUUACCCAUUUUUUCGAUUGCUGAAUAACGUAAUUAUGGAAAAAUGUUUUAAUGUGAAUUAAAAUCGAUGGUAUGACCACAUCAAUUUUUAUGAAUUAGGCGUAAUCUUUUUCAAUAAGCUUGAAUUAAGUGAUUUAAGUGAUUUUGCAGAGAGUGAUUUUGCGCGUGAUCCCAAAAAUAUGCAACGACGGAUUUUAAUACUUCGAAAUUUUCCACCAGGCCACCAAAUUGAACUGCUAAACGGUAAAAAAAGGUUUGGUAAAUCAAACAGAAUAGUUUAUUUAUAUUUUGUCUUCGACAACAAAUUGAAGAUCGUGCUAUGAAUAGAACAUGCAAUUUGUUUACGUUAUUUCUGUGCAUAUUACAAAUUAUGUAGCGUUCGCUUAAUGAUAUGAAUUUGAAUUGUGUACUGCACUUGCGUAGGCACUGUUUCUUUAUAUUUUUUAUUGUGUGUUCCAGUUAUGUGGUGAACCUGAAGCAGAUUUACAAUAUACCGACCGAUCUCUAAAUAU